GAAACACAAGGCGGGAGUACGAGCACAGUGCGCGCUCGCGGUGUACACUCCAUGUUUGGCUCGUGGUUUGUUUCUUUCUAGUUUACGCUGGUUCAUUUAAACUCUUUGGAGGAACACAUCCGCAGAUUGCUCCAUACACGGUGUUUGCUCCCGGGUUCGUCUCCGCUUCGGGCGCGUUUUUAAUUUGGAGAUUUUAAGGCCUGUGCCCUCCGUCCCGCCGCCGCCAUGAGCUACGGCAGGCCUCCUCCCGACGUGGACGGCAUGACUUCCCUCAAAGUGGACAACCUCACGUACCGCACCUCCCCGGAGACCCUGCGCCGGGUGUUCGAGAAGUACGGUCGGGUCGGGGACGUGUACAUCCCACGGGACCGCUACACGAAGGAGAGCCGCGGUUUCGCCUUCGUGCGUUUCCACGACAAACGCGACGCGGAGGACGCCAUGGACGCGAUGGACGGCGCGCUGCUGGACGGGCGCGAGCUCCGGGUGCAGAUGGCCCGCUACGGCAGACCUCCGGACGCGUACUACGGAGGCGGGGGUGGAGGAGGAGGCGGGAGGAGAGGGGGCGCGCCGCGGAGGUCCGGAGGAGGCUACGGGCGGAGGAGCAGGAGCUCGUCUCGCAGUCCCAGACACCGGCGCCGCAGCAGGUCCAGAUCCCGGUCUAGAUCCAGGUCUAGAUCCCGGUCCAGGUCUUACUCUCGCUCCCGCUCUCGAUCGCCCCGAAACAAGACCAAGUCCAAGGCCUCAUCUCGGUCCAGGAGCCGCUCCAGAUCCAGAUCCAGAUCAAAGUCCCGGUCUAAAUCCCGGUCCAAGUCCAGAUCCAGGAGCCGCACACCCUCGUCCAAACGUGGGUCCAGAUCCAAGUCAAAGAGUCCAGAGAAAACCACGGCAGAGAAUGGAGCAGCAGAGUCCCCCUAGGCUCCACACAAGAUGCAGAGACAGACGUCCAGGCUGAAGCUGCUCGAGCCACAGCGCCCCCAUGUGUCUAAGGUUAUUAUGGUCUUCCACCUUCUGUUUGCCCCAUUAGUCUUUUAAAGGCAUGUCUCCUGCAUUGGCUUUUAUUUUGAUACCGUAAUGUCCCAUAUUCUAAUCUUGUCUUCAGCUUCUAAACGCCCAACGCAACUUUACGCCUCGGACUAAUACUGUUUAAAUUCAAAGUGUGUCCAGAAGAACUUUUUUAAAACGUGAACAUUAAAAUCAUUUACAGAUUUGAACAAAAGGAUCUAUGUCAAAUCAAAACAUUGGGGCCCGUGUUUUUCUCACUAAAUGCAAGCAUUUUGUAAAUGUAUUUGUUGAUUCUGCCUUUAGCCAUUUCAUUUCAUUGAGUAAGCUUUAUUUUUUAUGCUUUUGAGUGGGAUUAUAAUAAAGUUCUUUACAAAACAGAAAUUAACUGUUUCAACCCGGGUGAACAAUUCUUUCCAUAAAUUCCUGUAUUUAGAAAUGAGAAAUAAUGUUAUAAUAAAGGCACAAACCUUAAAGACCCUGUUUUCAGGUUUAAAUCAUGUUUUUUUUUUUUUUACAUAUUUUGGUUUAUUACACCUAAACUGUACACUCCCUGAUCAUGUAAUGUUAUACACAUACUGUAAAUAGGGCUUUUCAUUAGUUUCCUUAUGUCCUUGUGCCGUUGUUGAUUUUUAAUGGGUUCUAAUCCUGCUUGUGUUUGUUUGUGCACUAGGCGCAGUUUGUAGCAGUUUGUUGCUGGUUAGCUGUGUGCCAUUUGCUGCUGUGACUGCCACCGGCUUGGGCCUAAACUUUCACUUUUGUACAAUAAAAAAACUCAAAUCUGGUGUUGUAGGUAGACAAGGAACUCUCUUGAAUAAACAUGCCGUUUUGUCUAACA